CCGGCGCAGGCGCAGUGCGGAUAAACAGGAAGCGGGCGGUGGAGGCAGCGGUGGAGGAGAUCUAGGGGCUUCGGGGGGCAAACAGCGAAGAACUAAGAUUAUCCGGAGGCAGCAGAGGCUAACUGCGAACAAGAAAAGGAGGUUUGGCUAUCUGCCUCCAGGGGACGAGAGGUCGCGGCCUCGCUCUCCGUUUAGGCUUCCGGCUCCCCAGCUUAGGCUGAGGCAGCGGCUGACAAAGGGCUCGCGCCGGUGCCGCCGCCCUUCUCAUCCGGGCAUUCGGGUCCCUGCGGAGAGGGAGGGGGAAGGGUAGAGGGGGAGGGGAAGGAGCAGGAAGGGCGCGCGCUUGGAGCCGAGGCCCUCUCCAGGGCUCCGGGCCGGCGGCCCAACGGACCGAGGCCGAGGAGGACCCGCAGAGGUGGCGGCGGCCGGGGGCAGGAGGAUGGUGCAGAAGGAGAGCCAGGCGGCGCUGGAGGAGCGGGAGAGCGAGCUCAACUCCAACCCUGCCGCCUCCGCGGGGGCAUCGUUGGAGCCGCCCGCAGCUCCGGCCCCUGGAGAAGACAACCCAGCCGGGGCCGGGGGAGCAGCGGUGGCCGGGGCGGCAGGAGGGGCUCGGAGGUUCCUGUGUGGCGUAGUGGAAGGAUUUUACGGAAGACCUUGGGUUAUGGAACAGAGAAAAGAACUCUUUAGAAGGCUCCAGAAAUGGGAAUUAAAUACAUACUUGUAUGCCCCAAAAGAUGACUACAAACAUAGGAUGUUUUGGCGAGAGAUGUAUUCUGUGGAGGAAGCUGAGCAACUUAUGACUCUCAUCUCUGCUGCACGGGAAUACGAGAUAGAGUUCAUCUAUGCUAUCUCACCUGGUUUGGAUAUUACCUUUUCUAACCCCAAGGAAGUAUCUACAUUGAAACGCAAACUGGACCAGGUUUCUCAGUUUGGGUGCAGGUCAUUUGCCUUGCUUUUUGAUGAUAUUGAUCAUAAUAUGUGUGCAGCAGACAAAGAGGUAUUCAGUUCUUUCGCUCAUGCCCAGGUCUCCAUCACAAAUGAAAUUUAUCAGUACCUAGGAGAACCAGAAACUUUCCUCUUCUGUCCCACAGAAUAUUGUGGCACUUUCUGUUACCCAAAUGUGUCUCAGUCUCCUUAUUUAAGGACUGUGGGUGAAAAGCUUCUACCUGGAAUUGAGGUGCUUUGGACAGGUCCCAAAGUUGUUUCUAAAGAAAUUCCGGUGGAGUCCAUUGAAGAGGUUUCUAAGAUUAUUAAGAGAGCUCCAGUAAUCUGGGAUAACAUUCAUGCUAAUGAUUAUGAUCAGAAGAGACUAUUUCUGGGGCCAUACAAAGGAAGAUCCACAGAACUCAUCCCACGGUUAAAAGGAGUCCUUACUAAUCCAAAUUGUGAAUUUGAAGCCAACUAUGUUGCUAUCCACACCCUUGCCACCUGGUACAAAUCAAACAUGAAUGGAGUGAGAAAAGAUGUAGUGAUGACCGACAGUGAAGACAGUACUGUAUCGAUCCAGAUAAAGUUAGAAAAUGAAGGUAGUGAUGAAGAUAUUGAAACUGACGUGCUCUAUAGUCCACAGAUGGCCCUAAAGUUAGCUUUAACAGAAUGGUUGCAGGAGUUUGGUGUACCUCAUCAGUAUAGCAGUCGGCAGGUUGCACACAGUGGAGCUAAAGCAAGUGUAGUUGAUGGGACUCCCUUAGUUGCAGCGCCCUCUUUAAAUGCCACAACUGUAGUUACAACAGUUUAUCAGGAGCCCAUUAUGAGCCAGGGAGCAGCCUUGAGUGGUGAGCCUUCCGCUUUGACCAAGGAAGAAGAAAAGAAACAGCCAGAUGAGGAACCCAUGGACAUGGUAGUGGAAAAACAAGAAGAAACAGACCACAAGAAUGACAAUCAAAUACUAACUGAAAUUGUUGAAGCUAAAAUGGCUGAGGAAUUGAAACCAAUGGACACAGAUAAAGAGAGCAUAGCUGAAUCAAAAUCCCCAGAAAUGUCAAUGCAGGAAGAUUGCAUUAGUGAUAUUGCCCCUAUGCAGACUGAUGAACAGACAAACAAGGAGCAGUUUGUGCCAGGUCCAAAUGAAAAGCCUUUGUACACUGUGGAACCAGUGACUUUGGAGGAUUUGCAGUUGCUUGCUGACCUAUUCUAUCUUCCUUAUGAGCAUGGACCCAAAGGAGCACAGAUGUUAAGGGAGUUCCAGUGGCUUCGAGCAAAUAGCAGUGUUGUCAGUGUCAAUUGCAAAGGAAAAGACUCUGAAAAAAUUGAAGAAUGGCGGUCACGAGCAGCCAAGUUUGAGGAGAUGUGCGGACUGGUGAUGGGAAUGUUCACUCGGCUCUCCAAUUGUGCCAACAGGACAAUCCUUUAUGACAUGUACUCCUAUGUUUGGGAUAUCAAGAGUAUAAUGUCUAUGGUGAAGUCUUUUGUACAGUGGUUAGGGUGUCGUAGUCAUUCUUCAGCACAGUUCUUAAUUGGAGACCAAGAACCCUGGGCCUUUAGAGGUGGUCUAGCAGGAGAGUUCCAGCGUUUGCUGCCAAUUGAUGGGGCAAAUGAUCUCUUUUUUCAACCACCCCCACUGACUCCUACCUCCAAAGUUUAUACUAUCAGACCAUAUUUUCCUAAAGAUGAGGCUUCCGUGUACAAGAUUUGCAGAGAAAUGUAUGACGAUGGAGUGGGUUUACCUUUUCAAAGUCAGCCUGACCUUAUUGGAGACAAGUUAGUAGGAGGGCUGCUUUCCCUCAGCCUGGAUUACUGUUUUGUCCUAGAAGAUGAAGAUGGCAUAUGUGGUUAUGCCCUGGGCACUGUAGAUGUGACCCCCUUCAUUAAAAAAUGUAAAAUUUCCUGGAUUCCCUUCAUGCAGGAGAAGUAUACCAAGCCAAAUGGUGACAAAGAACUCUCUGAGGCUGAGAAAAUAAUGUUGAGUUUCCAUGAAGAGCAGGAAGUGUUGCCAGAAACUUUCCUUGCCAACUUCCCUUCUCUGAUAAAGAUGGAUAUUCACAAAAAAGUAACUGACCCAAGUGUAGCCAAAAGCAUGAUGGCUUGCCUCCUGUCUUCACUGAAGGCUAACGGCUCCCGCGGGGCUUUCUGUGAAGUGAGACCAGAUGAUAAAAGAAUUCUGGAAUUUUACAGCAAGUUAGGCUGUUUUGAAAUUGCAAAAAUGGAAGGAUUUCCAAAGGAUGUGGUUAUACUUGGUCGGAGCCUGUGACAUUUGUUGGCACUUUGAACUGUCCAAAAGUCUCUUAACUUCACCUGGUGGGUGGUGGUUGGGGUCUUCAUACAGUUGAGCCUCUGGAGUGGCAACAAAUCAGCCAAUUGGGAUUGGAAACGAAGACUGUGUAAAACUCACCAAUCACACUUUGAGAUUACUCACUGGUUGGAAGAUAGUAUUGAUGCAAAUCCUGUUUGAAACAGAUGUGGGCCUCCUUUCUGGGUCUUGUGUUAGGUGCCAAGACCUCUAUAUGGGCUUAUAGGGAGGGGGUCUUCAAUAAAUGUAGUCAGCACUGUGUUCUGCAUCCAGUGUGGUUGCAUUUCUCAUCUAAUAAGAGUAAUCAAAAUCAUUUGUCAUCCUCUUUGGCUUAUUGAAUGAAAUGUCUUUCAUUCUUUGGGGACAUGUCAGAAAUGAGAAAGAUUUAGUAGGUUUCAGAGGCUUCAGGGUAGAGAUUCCAAGUGGGAUGAUUGUUGGCAUAGUUUUAAGCUUAUGAAUAAAUGAUUUUAAUUUGGGGCAGUUUUUCUGCUCUUUGUAAAGCCAUGGCCAAUUGUCUCUUGUAGUGACCAUUGGUUCAGGCAUGUUGUGCUUUUGUAGGGACAAUUGUGCAGUUGUUUGUGGCAAAAGCUUAAAAAUGGCAAACUUGUAAAUUUUUGUAUAUAAACUAGUUGUAACCUGACUUUUGUGUUCACUGUUUUUGUAAUUUUUUUUUCUUUUGAAAAUGAAAGGGUGUGGUUCAGGAUGGCACUUUGAAUAAUGUAAAUCAGUGGAAGAUGGAUUUUCUUUACUUUUCCCUUUGUUUUGUUUGUUUUUUGGGGUUUUUUUGUUUUUGUUUUUUUUUAGAAGUUGUAUUAUUUUUGAAGUGCCUCCCACCUAGGGCUAGGCCAUGACCACUUUGGGUACGAGAGCCUAACUUCAUGGGACUCAAUCUGUUGCAAGGUGCAGUCACUUCUGGAAAUUAACCUCGAUGCAGGUCAGCAUGUGAAAUGUUAGUUUUGACAUCUGUCAAGUAGGGUUCAGGGACUGAUUGGUCCCAUAUGCCCUGAGAUCAGUGUCCUUUAAUGUCAAGACCUGUUACAACUGGUUUUAUUAAAUCAGAGUCUUUAAUUCUUGCAUGUUUGUAUCUAAUUUUUAAAAGAAACAAUGAGCACACUUUAACCAAUGACUUAUGGUUACCCUUUUCUUUUUCCUUUAACCACAGAUUCUGAAAGCUCCAUGUAUUUUGAUUUAGAUUUGGUGUUUUUAGGGGUUCUGAGCAUGAGGCUAGCAGGUAAUCUCUGCAGGAUUCAUUUUUUCAUCAUGACUGGCUGGCUUUUCCAUGGAUUCAGAACAGUAUUUUGUUAUCUUGCUUCCCUGCAGUUUUGUUAAAUCGGCUGUUUUACUUUGAUCUGAGGUGGGAGGGGCAAGGAGAAGGAAACCUGAAACAUUUUCCUUCAUGAAGUUCCUUCAGUGUGGGCUUGGAACCUUAUCUUAAAGCAUUGUACCUAGUGGUAUCUAGUGACUUUCAACCAGGGCCUGUGAGUGUGCACUGAAUUUGUAAGAUGAAGGGAGGGGAAGAAGGAGACCUCUUCAUUUUCAGGGUAGAAACCUUUAACUGAUAGAAGGGUAUGAUGUUGGAAAGCUGGAACCAAGUUUGCAUUUUCAAGGGCUAGGGGGAAGGGAAGAUCUCUACAAAAUACUGUUUAAAACAGCUUAGUGCCAUUUGGUUGUCUCUUUUAAGUACAUGUUGUACACUAGUAGACAGUUCUAGCAUUUAUCUGGAGGAUUUCAGGGUCAACCUAUGGAAUCAGGAUUUUUAGCAAGUUUGCUUGUGGUUUUAUCUUGGCUUUAUAAUAAUCAUUUGGCUGGUCUUCUGGUCAUAGAUGCUAACUAUGAAACAGAUGUCCAGGCCUAUACUUUCAUCACUCUAGGAUGGUAAAGUGCUACGCUCUCUUCUAUGGUUAUGAAUAUUUAUUAAGGUUGGAAUGACAUUUCAUUGAUUGUUUAGAUCACAGCUCAGUUCCUGUAGAAAACGAACUGUAAAACUAUCUGAAGACCAUGCAAGAGGCAAAAUAAAACUUGAAGUGAACGUG